AUGAAUCCCGACCCUCAACUCAGUGUGCAACUCCCUAGAUGUGACGAGUUCCAACAACCGCAUACCAUACCAUCUGAUUGGCUAGCUGCGAGUGGCGCCACACGGCCAGGCACCUUUCGGCUCAUCAACGGUCUGGCUUUCUUUCAAACGACACCUACGCUGGCCAUCUAUGCAUUUCCGGCCCCAGUGGGGCGUGCUAACGAUAGCGUCUUUCACAAUCACUCCCCUCAAGUGUCCGAAAAAAACGACUCCAAAACAACCGAUGUUGUUCAGAGUCUUCCUCGCUACUGUGCUUUAUCCUACGCCGACAAUAAACCAUCUACUCCUGCUUCCCCAAACGACAACGAGCACACGAAAUUCGGGAGAUGGAUCACGCUUGCGGGGCCCGCACAAUCCAUCUCUAUCAACAUGCAGGUCUUGGAAGACGCCGCGCGGGCCGCCUAUGAGCACACCAAGACAUGGUGGCUAUGGGUAGAUGCAUUGUGCAUCAUGUUGGACGAUGAAGGCGACGUGCGUUGGCACCUGGAAAACCGGUCACAAAUCUUCAGCAACGCAGAUUUUUGCCUCGUGCUUUUGGCAGGACUUGGAAAACACGCCUCCAUAGAAAAAAGGACCGAUUAUUUCAGCGCGUACCAAACACUAUUGGACGUUGUUUGUCCCAAACCAGAGGAUGUCGUGGUGCUGCACUCCUGGCCCAACGAAUACGGAAGUGGACAGUGGUGCUUCCCGCAGCGGCCUGACGUGACGGCUAGCAGGGUCUAUGACUCGGAUAUACCUCAGAAUCAAGAAGAGAACCACCCGACGAGGCUUGCGCGAGUACGCAACUGUGUGGCGAUCUCGUUCCUCGCAACAUUGUUGCGCGUAAUCGUAGAAGGGGGCACUUUCAAGGAGGCACCGACACAAAGGGAUCCGGAAGCCUUAAAAGCGGAGAAACCCUCCGAAAAGACCACGUCAGACUCAGGCUUAUUAAACAUGUUUGGAGAAGUCUACAGCAUCCCCUCACAAGUUGGCCAGGUUUCAGAUCCUGCUCCACUGAACCCAUACAGCGGAGUAUAUGGGACGCUCCUCCUAGCAAUGCUCGCACAGCCCUAUCAGCCACUUGAUCUCAAGCCAGCCCAGUCCAUCGUGAACGGGGUGAAGGAAUAUGCUAUACUUCUCAAUGCCUUCCAGCGAGCACUGAGUUCUACGAGCAAUGUUCCGACAGACACCCACAAUUUCACUUACUGGCUGUGCGGCGCCCUGACGGCACACAAGACUGCGGUAAACGUCUGCGGGGCAACACGUUCGUCGAUUGGCGACGUUCCCGGACACAUUACAUUCCUCAAAACCCUUACACGCACAUAUUCGCCUACUAGCAACAGAAAUACCAUAUUCUGGAUUAUGGUGUUUGCCCUCGUCGAAGCAUGGAAACACCCUGACUUGCAGUUCAUCAAUGCCUACAGGUCCUUGCUCGAUGGGAUCGGCUCUGACUUGCCCUUUUACUAUGCCCCCCUGGACGUGCACCUAAUCAGGAACCCGGAAUCGAUAUCGGAGCUCAGGAUCGAAGAUGACAGUACCGUGAUCCUCCAUUUGGCCAAUGCGCACGCCGUAGAGGUCUCGUUGAAAUCCAAGGAACUGCCGAAAUCGGCUGGCGAGAGAGCAUUCUCAAGCACCGAUGGGGACAUUUGGCAAGCAGUAGGGCCACUGCGGCCGAAGCCAGCCAGCCAGUACUACAUGGUGUACAUCGGACAAUUGGAAGGAUUCGUCGGUUCUGAAUCUGAUAACCGGGCAGUGAGCAGAGAAAUACUGGAUCAGAAUGAAAAGGAACUGGCUCGCAUGCCUGUUGGCAAACACGGCCGUCAAAGGGCUAUGAUUAUCCGGAAGGACAAGGGUGUACAGAAUCGCUUCUUCCCGGAGAGGUGGUGUAGGCUUCAUGACAGGGACAUGUCAUUCUUUCAUAUUGAUAGGCAGUUGUUCAGCAAUAAUCGGGUAGUGCAGAAACGUUCCUUCGACCUCCGGCUUUCCUACUGA